AUGUUAUUCUUAGGUAUUUUAAUAAUUUUUAAAAUUACUUGGUUAUUCACAAUAAAUCAACCUUUUUAUGAAGAUGAUUUAAAUCAAAAUCAAUCUUAUGUUACAACAUUAGCUGUAUUUCAAGUUGCUUCAUUAUUAUUUGAUUUUUUAUUAUUCAUAAAUUUAUUAAAUGUUUUAUAUUUAAAAAUUUCAAAUUUUAAAUCAUCAAGAUUUAUUUUAUUAAUUUCUUGUAUAUUCCAAUUCUUGGUUAAUAUUGGUCUAGUUCAAUUAAUUAAUGUUUCAUUAAGGAAAUCAACAAUUACAGAUCAAAAAGUUUUAAAAUUUUUCCAACAAAAAAUUUCAUUCUUUAUACAUACAAAUUCUUUUAUUGUUGCUUUAUCCAUAGUGGGUAUUUAUAUUUCAUUAAUUGAAAUUCAUGAAUAUGAAAAAUUUCAAAAAAUCUUACAAAAAUUUAUAAAAUUUUUCAAUUUUUUUUGUCUAUUGGUUAUUGUCUUAAUAUUUGCUUCAUUAAUCGUGUCAAUUGAAACUUCAGCAAAUCAUAAGAAAUAUCAUGGUGUUAUAAAUAAAAAUGUUUUCCCCAUUUUAUUUGCAGUCUUAAUUAUAUCAAGUAUUAUAAUUUUAAAAUCUUCAAAAAUUUAUCUUAAUCCACCAAGAAAAUUAAAUAAAUUAAAAGUUGAAGAAAUUGAAUUAUCAAAAUUAAAUAAAACUCAAAAAUCUGAAUUUGCUAAAUUAAUUCAAUUUAAUCAUAAAACAAACCCAGGAAUUGAUGGUCAAGCUGCUAUGGCUUUAUUAGAAGCAUAUUCAAUAUCUCCAUUAAAGGGAAUGAAAUGUAAAGUUUUAAGAAUUUAUAAAGAUGAUAUUGAAUCAAAUUUACCAACUUAUGAAACUUAUAAAGGUUGGGAUGCCCUUGAUAAACAAAAUUUAAUAUUUGAUGAUGAUUUUGAAAGAUAUAGUUCUGUGGAAACUUUAGUUGAAGAUGCUAAACCGUUAUCCAAGAAUCAAUUAAAAAAAUUACAAAAAAAACAACAACAAAAACAACAAAAGAAACAACAGAAACAACAAAGUAACCAAUCAACUUCGUUCUUCAAUAAUGAAACUAUAAAUACCGAAGAAGAUUAUGAAAAAGCUAAAGAAUUUUAUCAAAAAUUAAUUUCAACAGAAGCAAUUUCUUUAUUAACAGUUAUUGAAGAUUAUGAUUUAACAAAUUCAGUUGAAGGUCCAUUUGGUAAAUUUUUAUCCUAUUGUUUUGGUGUUAAUUCAAUGACAAGAUUAAUGACUAUUCGUUUUGGUUUAUUAGGGUUCCAUUGGCCUUUUAGAAAAGCUACAUUUUAUUGUAGUUCAACAAAGAAACCAGUUGCAAGAUCAGCUGCUGUGAUGGAGGCAAUAAGUCAUUGGAAUUCAAAUUUAAAUGCAGGGGAGAAAUGUUCAAUUAUUUUAAAUCCAACUUAUGCAAAUGAUCAUAGUUCAUCUGCUAUUGAAGCAAGUGGUUGGAAUACUUUACCUUUACCAUCAUCUCAUGUUAUUGAUUUAAGACCUUAUAAGGGGAAAUCAUUAUCAUUUUACCUUAAACAAAUAAAAUAUAGAAAUAUUGAUACUAAAUUUAGUGAAGAUAGUGGUGAAGUUUUAGAAAAAUUUGAAUUUACAACGGAAGACUCUCAAGAUUUAAUUAAAUUAUGGAAAAACAUUUCAAAUAAAAAAUCAGAAUCAGGUAAACAUUCAAAUUUAAUUAAUCCAAAUGAAGAUUUCAUAAUGUCAAUGGGUGAAGUUAAUGAAAAUAAAGAUCGUUCUUUAUUAUUCCUAAAAGUUAAUAAUGAAAAUUUAGCAUCAUCAGUAUUAUAUAGAUUAGGUGAUACAAUAACUUCAGAUUUACAAGGAAUUGAUUAUUCACAGGGCAAAGAAUAUAAAGCAUAUUUUGUAAUGAUGCAAAAAGUCAUUGAAAUUGCCCUUAAAGAAGGUAAAAAUUUUGUUGAUUUUGGUCCAACUACAAGUAAACCAAAAUUAGAUAUUGGUUGUCAAAGUAUACCUUUAAAAGGUGCCAUUACUGCACCAAAUCGGUUCUUAUCUUUAUGUGUUAAGUUUGCAGCUUCUAAUGUGAAUGUUUAG